AUGAACUCCAUUAGUCUAUCACUAUUAGUCAAUCUUCUUAUUUUAUUGGUUGUAUCAUUUCACUUAACAUCAUCGGCUAGUUUUCCUAAUCCUCCUCAAAGACCACCUUCGAACGCAUCACCAGAUGAACAAGCACUUUUUUGGAAAUUAUUGCAUAAUUAUUAUGCAAUUAUAGCUCGACCUCGAUUCGGUAAACGAUUUAGUCCGGCGUCAAGUUAUUCUAAGCAUGCACCGUUUCUACCAACAGCUAAUCCUGAUUCAAUCGGUUUGCUUUCUUCGGCAUACAAUACGAAUCGAAUGCUAAAUAAAAACAUUCCAAAUGCAAAUGAUCAACGAACUGAUGAUGAUAAUUUCUAUGUAUUGGAAUAUCCAGAUCAAAGACGGCGACGACGACUAUAG